CUGCGCUGCGGUGCGGUGUCGGGCCGGCGGCGCGGCGCAGUGCAGGAGCCGGAGCCGGAGCCGGAGCCGGGCCGGCAGCGGGGCUCAGCCCGCGGCAGCAGGAGCAGGGCGCAGGUAGCACCGCCGCUUCGCUGCCGUCUGGCCGAGCGGGGAGAAGCGGAGCGACCGGCUGGUCGCGCCGUGCCCGCUCGCUGCCCUCUCCCCCCGCGUUCCCGUGAGCCGCUCCCCGCCCGGGUCCCUCGGGUGCAGCAUGAAGUGCGGCGAUGGCCCGGAGAGGUAAGACGGCGGUGAGGACGCUGGAAGACCUGACGCUGGACUCCGGGUAUGGUGGUGCGGCGGACUCUGUGCGCUCCUCCAACUUGUCGCUGUGCUGCUCGGAUUCGCACCCCGCGUACCCCUAUGGAGGAAGCUGCUGGCCGCACCUAACUGACUCCAUGCACAGUCGGCACAACAGCUUCGACACCGUCAACACCGUCCUAGCGGAAGACUCCGAGGUGCUGGACUGCGCGGGGCAGCAGUGCUCCCGGCUCCUGCCCGACCUUGAGGAGGUCCCCUGGAGCCUGGAGGAGGUGGAGGCACUGCUGCUGCCGCCGCCGCCGCGCCGGGAGCCGCGGGCGCCGGGUGCCGCCAGCCCCGGGAGCCGGGAUGCGGCGGCGCGGCUCUCGACGCUGGUGAGCCGGGCGCUGGUGCGCAUCGCUCGGGAGGCACAGCGACUGAGCCUCCGCUUCGCCAAGUGCACCAAGCACGAGGUGCGGAGCGCCAUGGAGAUCGUCCUGGGCUGGACGCUGGCGGCCCGCUGCACGGCAGCUGCCCUCGGCGCCCUCUCCCUCUACAACAUGAGCAGCAGUGGCGGCGACCGCUUCAGCCGCGGCAAGUCGGCCCGGUGCGGACUGGCCUUCUCCGUGGGCAAGUUCUACCGCUGGAUGGUGGACAGCCGCGUGGCCCUGCGCAUCCACGAGCACGCCGCCAUCUACCUCACCGCCGGCACCGAGAGCCUCUUCCGCGACAUCCACGCGCGGGUGCUGGCCGGCCCCGCCGCCCCGCUCCCGCCGCCCGGCCGCCCCCCGGCCGCCGCCGCCGCCCCGGCCGAGAAGGAGAAGGAGGGCGGCGAGGCGCCCCGCUUCACCCUGGAGGCGCUGGAGCAGACGGUCAACAACGACCCCGAGCUGUGGGGCUUGCUGCAGCCCUACCAGCACCUCAUCUGCGGAAAGAACGCCAGCGGUGUUCUCUGCCUGCCGGACAGCUUGAACCUUCACAAGGACCAGCAAAGGUCAAACAAGCCUGGGGAGGUGCAGAUGUUCAGCCAGUCAGAGCUGAGGACCAUCGAACAGUCCCUGCUUGCCACGCGCGUGGGGAGCAUCGCUGAGCUCAGUGACCUGGUGUCUCGAGCGAUGCACCACCUGCAGCCCCUCAAUGCCAAGCAGCACGGGAAUGGGACACCCAUGCACCAGAAGCAGGGAUCCUUCUACUGGGAGCCAGAGGCCCUGUACACCCUCUGCUACUUCAUGCACUGUCCACAGAUGGAGUGGGAAAACCCCAACGUGGAGCCCUCCAAAGUCACGCUGCAGACUGAGAGGCCGUUCAUCGUGCUGCCUCCCCUGAUGGAGUGGAUUCGGGUGGCGGUGGCUCACGCGGGGCACCGGCGCAGUUUCUCGGUGGACAGCGAUGACGUGCGCCAGGCGGCCCGGCUCCUGCUGCCGGGAGUUGACUGCGAGCCCCGACAGCUGAAGAUCGACGACUGUUUCUGUGCCUCUCGGAAGCUGGAUGCAGUUGCCACCGAGGCCAAGUUCAAGCAAGACCUGGGUUUCCGGAUGCUCAACUGCGGCCGGACGGAUCUGGUUAAGCAAGCCAUAUCCCUGCUGGGGCCAGAUGGGAUCAACAGCAUGAGUGAGCAGGGCAUGACUCCACUGAUGUAUGCUUGUGUCAGGGGUGAUGAGGCUAUGGUGCAGAUGCUGCUAGAUGCUGGAGCAGAUCUGAAUGCUGAGGUUGUCAGUACUGCUCAUAAAUACCCAUCCGUCCACCCUGAGACCCGCCAUUGGACAGCUCUGACAUUUGCUGUGUUGCAUGGACAUAUUCCUGUAGUUCAGCUAUUGCUGGAUGCUGGAGCAAAGGUAGAAGGUUCCUUAGAUCAUGGAGAGGAAAAUUACUCCGAAACUCCUUUACAGCUGGCAGCAGCUGCUGGAAAUUUUGAACUGGUCAGUUUGCUGUUGGAGCGAGGAGCUGACCCCAUGAUAGGAACAAUGUACAGGAAUGGCAUUUCCAUGACUCCACAAGGUGACAUGAACUCUUUCAGUCAGGCUGCUGCACAUGGACACAGCCAUCCAGAGGAACAUAGAUACAGGAAUGUUUUCCGCAAGCUGCUUGCUCAGCCGGAGAAGGAGAAGAGCGAUAUCCUGUCCCUGGAGGAGAUCCUGGCCGAGGGCACGGACUUGCCUGACUCAGCAGCAGCUCCACUCUGCGCCAGCCGCAACAGCAAGGCCAAGCUGAAGGCCCUGAAGGAGGCCAUGUACCACAGCGCCGAGCACGGCUACGUGGACGUCACCAUCGACAUCCGGAGCAUAGGCGUUCCCUGGACACUGCACACGUGGCUGGAGUCUCUGCGCACGUCCUUCCAGCAGCACCGACGGCCCCUCAUCCAGUGCUUGCUGAAGGAGUUCAAGUCCAUUCAGGAGGAGGAGUACACUGAGGAGCUCAUCACGCAAGGGUUGCCUCUGAUGUUUGAGAUACUGAAGGCCAGCAAGAACGAGGUGAUCAGCCAGCAGCUCUCUGUCAUUUUCACUCAUUGCUAUGGACCCUACCCAAUUCCAAAGCUGGUGGAAAUCAAGCGCAAGCAGACCUCCCGCCUGGAUCCCCAUUUUCUUAACAAUAAAGAGAUGUCAGAUGUCACAUUUCUGGUGGAAGGAAGACCAUUUUAUGCACAUCGAGUGUUGCUAUUUACUGCAUCGCCAAGGUUUAAAGCAUUGCUGUCUAGCAAGCCCUCAUCUGACAGUACUUGUAUUGAGAUCAACUAUGUGAAGUACCCCAUCUUUCAGCUGGUUAUGCAGUAUCUUUAUUAUGGAGGUGCAGAGUCACUCCUGAUUAAAAAUAAUGAAAUUAUGGAGCUUCUCUCUGCUGCUAAAUUUUUCCAGCUUGAAGCUUUACAACGACACUGUGAGAUCAUUUGUGCAAAAAGCAUUAAUACAGAAAACUGCGUGGAUAUUUAUAAUCAUGCCAAGUUCCUCGGCGUCACAGAACUAUCUGCCUAUUGUGAAGGCUACUUUCUAAAAAACAUGAUGGUCCUCAUUGAAAACGAAGCUUUCAAACAGUUGUUGUAUGACAAGAAUGGAGAAACAUCUGGUCAGAAUGUACUAGAGGACUUACAGAGGACGUUGGCCACAAGGAUUCAGUCAAUUCAUUUGUCUUCUUCAAAGGGCUCCAUUGUGUAAAGCUGAGGAAGAUGGUAAACCUCUAAUUAAAGACCCUGCAAGUUAAGUCUUCUGUUGCAGUUGCUCAAACCUGUUGCAGUUGCUUAAAUGACUACAAAAAAAAGAAAAUGUAAAAAAUUCUACGUCGCAUCCAGACAGUUCCGUCUCGGCCAGAGGUGCUGCGCUGGGGCUGUGUCCCCACCUGGAUGAGAAAUACAGAAAACAAAGUUCCUCCCUGGUUUUGAGCAAGCUGGGUACCAGAGUAUCCGGUGAAUUGCCCUUGUACUCACAUCCUGAACAUGAGCCUGUUCAUGGAGCUUGAUGCCAACAAAAGCCAGAACUCACAUCAGUGAACAGCAGAAGUUCCCUGCCUGAAGGGUAGUGCUGGGGAACACCUGAAUUGACCAAUUAAUCAUUUAAGUCAGAUUCGUUUCAGUGUUACACAGUUAAGAACAAUAUCUAUCCCAGAGUCCAUUAUCUCGUGCAUUUAAGAAAUGUAAGAACUGUUAUUGCUGUCCAGCAAAGAUCAGCUGUAUUAGAGAGUGGGUAAGACUGUUAUAGUUGAGGAAAUAUACUGGCAGAUUUUUAGGGGUGGGAACUUUUUAAACUGUUCAUAAAAAAUAAUGGGGUGGCCUUGUAGUUUAAAACCUGUUUCUUAAGCUUAAAAUUUCAUUUUCAACAGAGCUGUGUUUGAGAAUCUAUGUAACAUGUUUUGGUUUUUUAAAUGGUAAAAUGUACAUUGUGUAAACACACAUAUGCUCAAGUUUUGCUUGUAUUCUUUCCUAGGGUGGUAUAAUCUUGCCUAAGAGGCUAUGGUUACACCAAAGAGGCACAUUACCCAGACUGUCUCUAAUACAAUAGUUGGGGGGGCAGGAGAACUGCAUGCUUCUCGUGAUUUGGGGUUGAAAUCAAUGACAAACUCAACAAACAUGCGUUUGCAUGGUAACUGUACCUGUGAAAUGUUCCAUUCGUGCUUCGUUUUGCCAAGACAAAUGCAAUGUUACUUCUUGUCAAACUUCAUUUGUGAAAUUAGCUUAUUUUUUUAUCUGGUGUGACUGGCUGUGAUAUGAUACCCCUGGAGCUCCUUCUCAAGAUGCUGAUUUCUGUUUGUUGCAGUGAAGAGAUAACGACAGAUCUUUAAUUUAGUGAUGUGUGGAUAUUUUGCUACUGGCCAGAGAUUGUGUCUGAGUUAGACUUUUUAAAAUUAUAAUUAAAUAUGUACUGUAGAAUGA